GAUGAUCGGCUGGGUCGCCGUCAUCUUCGCCGUCCAGAACUGGCUCUCAGAAACUCCCGAGUCGCAGAAGACCGCUUCGACUCCCGGAUACAUGACCGUCGGCAUGGCUCUCAUGUCAACCGCAGUUGCAUACCUUCCUCUCUUCAUGCCUCCUGUAGCAGCACCUGGCAUGGGCAGUGGCACCGAAGCACCCGCUGCUGCCGCUGCCAUCACGCCUUG